UAAAGCAUCUCAAUAGGGACUUCGCAAUUUUUGCGUGAGUGCAUAUUUAAGCAGAGAGCACAAGUGCAAAAACGAAUUCAUAGUUGAAUAUCCGAUUACUAUAAAAUAGGGCUAAGUACAAUGGAUCAGCAAGGUUUCGAUAAACUCUUAACAAAUGUUGAAAUAAUACUAAAGAUUUUUCAAUAUUUAAAUUACGAAGAACAACUUAAAUUUGCCCAAGUGUCGAUGCAAUUGAAAAGCUUAUUCAUUAACUUUAUAUGGAAAGUUGAUUAUACGAAAAUUUGCAUUAUAAAAGAUUCUACACACUAUCAUGUGAAAAAUGAAACGGAAUUGAAUAAAUUAAAAUUAACAGCUAAAGAAUUUUCAGAAUUUUUGCAGCUCUAUGGUUGCGAUAUAAAAGAACUCGAUGAGAAAUACGAUUCCUGUUUGGAUAUACGAUCAUUUCCAAAUCUUAAUGCAUUAAGUUAUAGUUAUAUGACUGUUACGAAGUCACAAUUAGAAAAUAUGGCCAGAUAUUGUAAAAAUUUGUUGAAAUUUAAAAUCUAUGAUUGUACUAAUGAAAAUGGCUAUACAUUUAAAUGGGGCAGAGAUCUAGACAUAGAUGACAUCUUGGAAAUGAAAAAAUUAAAAAGGUUUAGCCUAGAUAGUUGCACCGAACUAUUGUUGUCAUAUAAAGAUUUUCACGAUUUAGUUACUAAAACUAAUAUUAAACAUUUACAUUUGAAUUACCAGUUGCUGGGAGAUCAGACAUUAUUUGACGCUAAUGAUGAUUUAAAAAAUACCUUGAAAGAAUUGGAAAUUUCUAUUAAAUUUGAUGAGCAAUUGUGGGCCAACAUCUCAAUCUCGUAUUGGAAACAUUUUGAAAAUCUUCACAUUUUAACACUUAACAAUGUAAACGAUAUUGAUGAUAAAAUAUUGCAACUUUUAGCUGACAAAUGUCGGAAAUUAAAAAAAUUGACCUUUAAAAAGGCAACAUUUGAAAAUAUCUCAAACUUUAAUCUCUUAACUAGUUUGAAAGAGUUACAUUUUCAGGAAUGUAAAGGUUUAACCCAAACAAAUCUACGGCAAUUGUUAACGGAAAUGAAUUUAAUAAAAUUUUCCUCUCUCGAAACGUCUUACGAGGGUGAAUUUGAAGAUUUUUCUAUCUCAAAGAAAAUCCACUACUUAAACAUUCACAAAUUAAUAACAUAUCAUUUUCAAGGUGCCUAUGCUGAGAAUAAUAAUUUACAUUCAUUAAUUUGGUAUGAUAAUUACUAUAUGGAUCCUUGGCAGCCGACCUCUUUAAAAUGUCCCAAUUUAGAAUAUCUUGAAAUGAAGUCGGGAUUUAUAGCUCUUGAUUUGAUAUUGCAAUUGACUUCUUUGCGUUCCUUUUCAAUUGUAAAUCCCUAUAAAAACUUAUCCUGGUCUUAUAUCUCACAGCUGCUUAAAGAACAUGUUUCCCUUAGGGAAUUCUUUAUAGAAAAUGUGGCAUUUUGUUGGUAUUCCGAAACACCACCUACAGAAGGCCCACGAUGUUUAAGCAAUCUUAAGUAUAUACAAAUAUCAACUAGGGUUUUUGAAAAGGCCAUUGAUUUCUGGCUUGAUGUGGUGGCAAAAAAUCCUCAGAUCAAAUUUUAUUGUACAGGCAUAAUUGUAAUAGAAUUUGUACACACAUUAUUGAAGAGUUCAAAAUUUCCGGCCUCUUUGAAGACUCUAUAUAUAAAUGGCAUUAAAGUGGCUUGUAAAGAUUUGAGACACAAUUUGGAAUCUCGUAUAAGGAAAAUACAGUUAUAUACACAUCAUUCCAGAAAUGCGGCCUAUGAAAAUAAAUAUGGUAUAUUAUUUAACGCAAAAUAAAAUAGCAUCAC